GUGUGCCACCACCAUCACACAGAUAGACCAUUGUUCGCUCCCUCAGUGACUCGCUUGCUGUAUAGGAGCUUUCUCGGACGAAGAUACAUGGACUAGUCCAUCUCUGGGCUAUCGUAGUCUCCGAGAAAGCGUGAUCACCGUCCUUCGCCCACCGGUCCACUUUAUCCUCGAGAUGGUCCGAGCAUGCAUAUAGGCAACUAGGCUGUAGCCCUGUCCCCUGGGCUGCUUCCAUGGUACCUUCGCUGUCUUCUCUCCUCUCCUCAUGGCAGCUAAGCACUCGCGAUGGUCACCGGCGUAGCAAUGAGGACAUGGAUCCGGUGCCAUUGAAACAACGGACAUGGACGACGUGGAACUAUGUGGCCUACUGGAUCUCUGAUUCAAUCAAUCCCACGAUUUGGGAAAUCGCGAGCUCGAUGGUUGCAAUCGGACUAUCUUGGCAACAAGCGCUUCUUGCCAUCUCAGUCGGGCAUAUUCUUAUCGCGGUCGUAAUAUCGCUGAAUGGCACGAUGGGCGCGCAGCUACAUAUUCCAUUUCCGGAUGAGCAUUGCCAUGUUCUGGUUCGGAAUCGUUAGCUUCAACGGAUCCGAAUGCACGUUCCAGAUGGUCAAAGCGCUCUGGCCAUCGUUCGCGGACGUUCCAAACCAGCUUCCCGCUUCGGCGGGAAUUACAAGCGUCGGGAUGAUAAGCUACGUGCUCUUCUGGGCCAUCCAGUUCCCGUUUCUGCUCGUUUCGCCCCGCGACAUCCGCUAUUUCUUCGUCGUGAAGGCCGUGCUCGCGCCGGCCACGUGUCUGGGCAUGCUCAUUUGGGCGAUCAUGCGCGUGUCCCCCGCCACGAGCCUCGGGCCCGGGUCGAAGCUGCACGAGAACCACGCGCCGUUCUGGGUGUGGCUGAGUGCUAUGACCAGUGCGACGGGGGCCUGGUCGACGCUCGCGAUCAAUAUCCCGGAUUUCACACGAUACGCGGUGGAUGAGAGAGCUCAGUUUAUCCAGAUUCUGGUCAUUCCUAUGUUUAUGACCCUCGUUGGAUUCUGCGGGAUCGUUGUCGCAUCGACGACGGAUGUUCUGUAUGGCACAAUCAUCUGGGAUCCGUUACGCGUGAUUGACCGCUGGGACUCUCGUCCUGCGAAAUUCUUUGCUGCGUUCAGUUUCACUAUGGCUGUGCUCGGAACAAACAUCUCUGCAAACUCCCUGAGCGCGGCCAACGAUCUCACCGUGCUAUUUCCGAGAUACGUCAACAUCCGUCGCGGCCAGGUGAUCUGUGCGAUUGUGGGCUGUUGGGUCAUUUGUCCGUGGAAGAUCCUUGCCAGUGCGCCGGGAUUUCUCAACUUCAUUUCUGCAUACGCGGUCUUUUUGGCUCCCCUUGCCUCGAUAUUAGUCGUGGAUUACUGGAUCGUCCGUAAACGGCGGGUCGACCUGAUUGAAAUAUAUCUGCCCGAAGGUCGCUAUCGAUAUUGGCAUGGGAUUAAUUGGCGUGCGGCGCUCGCCUUUGUUGUUGGUCUUGGCCCCAACAUUCCUGGACUAGUCGCCACGCUCGAUCCGACCAUCAUUGUGGGGCGGCCCCUGCUCAAGGUGUACGAUGUGGCGUGGUUGUAUGGGAUCAUCGACAACGCACUGCGAGGCUCACAGCCCGACUUUUUAGACCUCGCCAACCUCUGGCAUGAAGUCCCGGAACUGAUUCCAUUCGUCGUCCUUGAGGUCUUUUUUCACUAUCUCGACGAGCAGACGGUCGAAUCCAUCCUCGCCCCCGCGCCGACCACGGCCCACGCGAAACUACUCCGCCCAUCAGUCGGAGCAGCAGCUGCGCGCCCAGACGUCGCUCAUGGCGCUCUGCAGAGCCGGGGAAGUGAUCGGGCUGGGGGCGCGUAA